CGAGCGGAGCUGUUGCGGUCAGUCCCGGAGCCUCAGUGGAGCACAGAGCGCAGAGUGUCCGGCCUGCAGUGUCACUGUCCCCGGACGUCAGGAAACAUAGUGUCCCGGCUCUGACUGACUGAUCCCCGGCACGCGGAGCCGCUUUCUCCUUGGAUGACCUACACGCAACCUCUCGCACGACCAGCGGACGUCGGUUCACUACAGCUGAACACCUGCUGGGUAGGAGGAGAAGCGGGGUACGCAUUAACACACAGCGGACAACAAGUCAAAGCGAGUCUCCUGCAGGUUUCAGGCCGACUCUGAAGCAGCUGACCUGGGGAACUAAAGACGACGCUGCGAUUUCCCCCCCAUCGUGGCUGCGUCAGGAGGAGCGGGCAGAGGACUGGAAGUUGCAGAGUUGACAGUCGCCUCAUAACGUUACCUGACAAGACAGACAGCCUUACAGCACAGACACUACAGAGUUUCUGGAGGUUACUGGCGCUCACAUGAUGUACACAAUCACCAGAGGUCCCAGCAAACUUGUUACACAACGGAGGACAGGUCCCACACAACAAAUCGAGAGCAAAUUCAGCGACUUGAAGCUCAAGCCAACGUCUUGGCUCUCAUCGAACUCUCCGCCCCCAAAGAUCGUGUUCAACCGUCUGAACGGGAAGCGCUACCACAGCGGGGCCACACAGAAGACCUACAGCCCAGCAGAGGGAUUCACUCCCGCACAUGAAGAGAACGUCAGAUUUGUGUAUGAAGCAUGGCAGGAAGUGGAGCAGAAGCUGGGGGGGGGCGGAGGGGAGCCAACUGACUGCCAGGGGCCCAUUCAGUAUGCUGAGAAGACUCCCAGUGCUGAGAUGAAGAACUUUGUGCCCAUAGACUUGGAGGAGUGGUGGGCUCAGCGCUUCCUUGCCAACAUUGCCAACAUGUCAUGACCGGGUGAGGCUUUGAGCCGGGACAGGACGCAUCCCGAAGGUGGACAGGAGGCGAGUCAGUCUCCAGGAUCUGCGGUGCAAAAGGGUCAUGCGUAAUUUGGAAUCUGAUUUGAUGCCCUGUGCUUCACGCCGCUGUAGAGAAAACUGGUUGCACAAAACAACUCCUCCCCCCCGGUGCAACAACAGCAACCUGACUGUGGAUUUGACAGCGUUGACGCAUGGUUGUGCUGCUAUGAAGGAACAGUCUCUCGCUACUUCAAUGACAUAUCGGAUAGAAGCAGAGUUUGAAGAACCUGCCUCCUUUCUCAAGUGUGCUGAGCUGUAUGAAUGUCAUAGCUGUUCUUUUAUUAGGAAUCUAUUGAAGAGCAAAAAAAGUAAAAUGUUUUUCAAAAAUG